UUACCAGCUCCUAAGGGAAAGGGGCUCUGAGUAUCAGCUGGCUCUGGGCGCAAGUUUGAUCCAAAUCCAUACCAAGAAGGGACUGACUCUGAGCCUCUGCCUGUGGGAUUGGGCUUCGAGCAGCCCGGCAAGCAGGAACGCUGGUUCUUUUCCCCCAGGGAAGAAGGGUGGACUUGUGUGCCAUGAUGGCCAGUUACCCAGACCCCGAGGAGGACCCCGUAGCCCUGAUGGCUCAUGACACCAACGCCAGCAAGGAUGCCGAGCGAGCCAAGGACGAGCUGAGCCCGGAGAAGGGGGCCGAGAAGCCGGACCCCUCUCAGAAGCCCCCCUACUCCUACGUAGCUCUGAUCGCCAUGGCCAUCCGGGAGAGCGCCGAGAAGCGGCUCACGCUGUCCGGCAUCUACCAGUACAUCAUCAGCAAGUUCCCCUUCUACGAGAAGAACAAGAAGGGCUGGCAGAACAGCAUCCGCCACAACCUGAGCCUCAACGAGUGCUUCAUCAAGGUGCCCCGCGAGGGGGGCGGCGAGCGCAAGGGCAACUACUGGACGCUGGACCCGGCCUGCGAGGACAUGUUCGAGAAGGGCAACUACCGGCGGCGGCGGAGGAUGAAGAGGCCCUUCAGGCCGCCCCCGACCCACUUCCAGCCGGGCAAGACCCUCUUCAGCAGCGACGGCUACGGCUACCUCUCCCCGCCCAAGUACCUGCAGUCCGGCUUCAUGAACAACUCGUGGCCGCUGGCCCAGCCGCCCGCGCCGAUGUCCUACGCCUCCUGCCAGCUGGCCGGCGGCAACGUGAGCCCAGUCAACGUGAAAGGACUGUCGGCGCCGGCCUCCUACAGCCCCUACUCCCGGGUGCAGGGCAUGGCCCUGCCCGGCAUGGUGAACUCCUACAACGGCAUGAGCCACCAUCACCACCACACGCAGCAGCUCAGCCCUGCCAGCCCCGCGCCGCCUGCAGCCCCGGCCCCCAACGGAGCCGGCCUCCAGUUCGCCUGCGCCCGCCAGCCCGCCGAGCUCUCCAUGAUGCACUGUUCCUACUGGGACCAUGACAGCAAACACAGCGCCUUGCACUCCCGGAUAGACAUCUAGAGACCCCCGCCCUCCUGUCUGUCUGUCUCUUGUUUCUCCUCUGUAGUGGCGGAUUUGUCUAAAUUGCUCUCUGUGCCAAAAAUGGGCACCGCGGAAAAAUGUAAGCCCUGCUCCGCGUUUGGUUGAAGGCAGUGUAAGUGUUGAACUUUAAAACCCUCUAGCUGCAGCGAGAGACCUGGGUGAUCCUAUUGGAGUGUAAGGUUAUCAAGCUAUGGCCGGUUUGUCUGAUUUAUAACAAGAGGAGGGGGUAACUUUUCUUUUUAAAGCAUGCCAUUCAAAAUGCACACUUUUGUCCUCAAACAUAUACUCCAUUCUGUAAUUUGGCACUCUUAUUUUUGGGCAUUGAGGAAAGUAAACUGAGGGGGGGAAAUAGAAAAAACGCCAAUUCGAUCUCCGCUAAUUGUAGAUUUGUUGCCGGGACAGGCCUAUCCGCUGUGUGUCACAGGACUUUUAUAGUCUGGAAAGAAUUGCACUUCUUCAAAGUUCUGUCCUUCUGUCAAAAUAGUACUUACCUGGGGACUGUUUUAAAAGCAGAACGCAUGCCUACAUUUCCUAGCAAUGCUGUUGAUAUUUGAAACAAACAAAAAAUAACAAGAGUAACUUGUGAACUAUGUCGGCAGUGAUAUAGAUAUAUGUAUAUUAAAGUAGAAAAUGUCCUGUGAGGUCUUAAAAAUAAUUUUAU